AUGUCACCACCCGAACAUAAAAUGGCUCACUUCCCCAGAAUCACUACCUCGUUACCUUCCGAACAUGGUGAAUUCAGAAAUGUAUUAUGGACAGGUGAAAGUAGUCAGUUGGCGCUGAUGACUAUUCCCGUUGGAGGUGACAUUGGGGAAGAAGUUCACCACGUUGAUCAACACCUAGUCUUUACUUCUGGAACUUGUAAAGCUAUUAUCGCAGGAGAAGAGAAAGAGGUUAAAGCUGGUGAUUUGGUGAUUGUUCCUCAAGGAACCAAGCACAAUUUUAUUAACACCGGCCCUACCCCUCUCUCCCUUUUCACCGUCUACGCACCUGCUGAACAUGCCGAAGGAGCAGUCCAUAAGACUAAAGAAGAAGGGGACGAACUUGAAGAUGCGGGAAAGGACGAAGCUCCAGAGUGGGCUCACAAGGGAUAA